AUGAAAUCCAUCUAUCUAGCUGUCCAUCUUUCAUCAUCAUAUCUCUCUCUCUCUCUCUCUCUUUCUCUCUCUCUAUCUAUCUAUAUUCAUAGUCUGUCUAUAUUCAUGAUCCAUCUAUGUAUCUCAUCCUAUUUAUAUCUAUCUAUGACCAUCUAUUUAUCUAUGUUCAUGAUCUAUCUAUCUAUAAUCAUGAUCUAUCUAUCGAUCUAUAUUCAAAAUCUGUCUAUCUGUCUAUCUAUCUAUCUGACUAUCUAUCUAUCUCUUUAUCUAUCUACCUAUCUCUCUAUCUCAUCCUAUUUAUAUCUAUCUACCUAUCACUCUAUCUCAUCCUAUUUCUAUCUAUCUAUCUAUCUAUCUAUCUAUCUAUCUAUCUAUCUAUCUAUCUAUCUAUCUUCAAGAUCUAUCUAUCUGAUCCUAUUUAUAUCUAUAUAUCUGUUUACCUAUCUAUCUAUAUAUAUUCAUGAUCUAUCUAUAAUCCUGAUAUAUCUUUCCAUCUAUAUUCAUGAUCUAUCUCAUCCUAUUUAUAUCUAUCUAUCUAUCUCAUCCUAUUUAUAUCUAUCUAUCUAUCUAUCUAUCUAUCUAUCUAUCUAUCUAUCUAUCUAUCUAUCUAUCUUCAUGAUUUUUCUAUAA